AUGAUCGCUUUAGUGUGUGUGAUCGCAUUGUGCGCGGGAGCAGCCGUCAGUUCGCCAAUCGAGAACGGCCGGUGGAAUCCCUACAAAUACGGCGACGAUGGCAAAUAUAUUCCGACAAAUGAGGGUAAAUACAUCCACAUUCCGAAUCCAUACAUCCACAUAGACAACCCCUAUGAUGGUGGCUUUGGACCAUACUCCCACGAACACGAUCCCUACAUCAGUGCCGCUACCCAGGACUCGUACAAGUACGUGUUAACGGCAGCAGAAGAUAACCCCUUCUACAAGGAGGGAUACUACAAGAAUAACGGCAUUAAGAUUAUCAGCCAAAAGCACAACUAUAAGGAAGACAAAUAUGACUUCGAUUUCGAGACCGAAAACAAAAUCCGUGGAAAGGAGGAGGCUAUUUUGAAAAAUCCUAACACGAUCGACGAGGGAAUUGCUUCAAAGGGUUUCUACGAAUAUAUUGGUCCUGAUGGAUUCAUGUACAGAGUCGACUACACAGCCGACGAAAACGGCUUCCGCCCCAAAGUGAAGAGGUUGGAGACGCCCUACUCAGGAAAAUGGGUGUUGGAGAAAAACAAUUAA